AUGUUUUCAUCAGUGCUAUCAGACACUACUCUUCCCUAUCUACGAUGUCGCCAAGUCUCCGUUGUCGGUAACUCCGUCCACGCUCUACGGAAGAACUACGUUAUUUUGGGGCUAAUCUCAUCUGCUUCCAAUAACGAUUUUACGUACGAGGACGAAGAGGAUGAUGGGUUGGUGGUGGUGGUGGAUAGAGACCGGCGUAGCUAUAGGUCCAACACUUCGAGUUCUAACGGCUUAAUCGAAUUUGGUUCGCACCAGGAUUUGAGGUUGGUGAGGCGGAUUGGUGAAGGGCCACGGCGGAAAGGGAGUAGAGUUGAAAUGUGGUCAAUGGUUUUGUCUGGGAGUCAUAGAAACUUAGUGAAUCUGGGAAUCAAGAACCCUAUAUUCUCACUAUAUCUUGCUUAUGAUAUCAUGGCGACUAUGGUUCAUGAAGGAUCUUAUUUUGAUGAGGCUCAAUUUCAUUCAAAGAUGAAAGAGCUCUCAAAGAAAUCUUCAAAUAAGAGAAGAUAUACUAAAACAAGUGUAUAUGUUGAAAAUUUAACAGAGGAGUCUGUUAGCAGUAUAAAAGAUGUGACAAAAAUUCUAAAAAAGGAAGAAGAGAGUCGAAUGGAUGAAAGAUUAACAUACAAUUGCAAGUGUUCUUUUCUAAGAAUUUACAAUGAGCAAAUUGCUGAUCUUCUUGACCCUUCAUCUACAAAUUUGCAACUAAGGGAGGAUGUCAAGAAGGGUGUGUAUGUGGAAAAUCUUACAGAAUGUGAAGUUCACACUGUGGGUGAUAUCCUUAGGCUUCUAAGUCGGGGUUCUGCAAAUAGGAGAGUUUCUGCAACAAACAUGAAUAGAGAAAGCAGUCGUUCCCACAGUGUUUUCACAUGUGUGAUUGAAAGUAGGUGGGAGAAAGACUCGACAUUUAACCUUAGAUUUGCAAGGCUGAAUCUUGUUGAUCUGGCUGGUUCAGAAAGUCAUGUGAUAAUGGUUCUAGUAGAUGGUGCUAAUGCAAGGACACGCCAUGUUCCUUAUAGAGAUUCAAGAUUGACAUUUCUUCUACAGGAGGAGCUUGCUAUCCUUAAGAGGAACAAUACAUCCAGGUCUUUAGCAUUUGGUCCAAAAGUCAUUGAAGAGGCUACCCAAGAACACGAGAAUGAUUGCAAUGGACAUGAUAACAAAAUCCUGAAGGUUUCCUCUAAACAGCUGAAAUCUUUAGAGACUUCAUUGACUGGAGCCUUGAGGCGAGAGCAAAUGUCGGAAGCUUCUAUUAAACAACUUGAAGCAGAAAUAGAACAGUUAAAUCGACUGGUUCGUCAAAGAGAGGAUGACAAUAAGUGCACAAAGAUGAUGUUGAAGUUUAGAGAAGACAAGAUUCAUGAUCAGAUCCAAAAUGAAUUAGGGUUUAAAAGCUCGAAACUGGAUAGAACACCCACGAAGGUCAAUGCCAGUAAGCAUUCAGAAUCAGGGAUGCCAAUGAAAACUCCAGAAAAACAAGGAGAUCUAGCUAGGAAGAGAUACGGAUGGGGUUCGGGUUCAAGGAUGGAGGGGAAAAGCGGGACUAUGAAUAUGAACAUGAAUACAAACACUCCUAGGUCAUGUAGAACAGUUGGAAGAACUUUAAGUUCAGGUUAUUCCGAGUGUAAUUCUACCCAGAAUACACAGUCUAAUUCUACACAGAACACACCUACAAAGAGUGUGAAUAAACCUCCAAAUCCAGGACUGCCUCAAGGAGGUAGUUCAAGGCCUCCAAUCAGUGGAGGUGUGCGCGGCAAUGGAAGCUUUGCAGUGUUAUCUAGAGGACUUCAAAACACCUACACUACUGUAAAUACUGUGGAGGUACCACAUAUCGACCUCAAAGAAGAUCCAUCAUUCUGGAUGGAUCAUAAUGUACAAGUUUUGAUACGAAUUCGUCCACUCAACAACAUGGAACUCAGUGCUCAAGGUUACAACAGGUGUUUACAACAAGAAAGUGCACAAUGCCUGACCUGGGUAGGGCAUCCAGAAACACGAUUUACUUUUGACCAUGUUGCUUGUGAAACAAUUGACCAGACUGGAAGUGGAAAGACACACACAAUGCUUGGUGAGAUCAAUGAACUUGAAUUAAAACCAACUCCACAGCGGGGAAUGACUCCACAUGGUGCAGAUUCUUUUGGAGAUAACAAAAUUUUGUGA